AUGAAAUACGAAAUGGCAAUAAAUUUACAAGAGUUUGUCAAAUCCUUUAAUUAAAGAAGAUUAGAAAAAGAAUUUAGCUAUUUAUGUUAAAUAACAGAGACUUAAGAACAUGAGAAAUUAUUCUUUUGGAAUGAAAAAAUUCAUCAUUUGAAUAGAUAUAUAGAUAUAUUACCAUGUAAAUCAUAAAUGAAUUAAUGAAGGUAUACACACUAUUGUAAAAUCAGAUGUAAAUGAAUAAUUUUACAUUAAUGCAAAUUAUAUUAGAGGAAUAGAUAACAUUGAUAAGAAAUAUAUUGCUACUUAGGGCCCAAUCCAUUCAACUGUUAAUGAUUUUUGGCAUAUGAUUUGGACAAACGAGGUAGGAUUGAUAAUUAUGCUCUGCAAAUUGUAUGAUCAUAAUUAUGUAAAUAUUCUUUAUAAUUAGAAAUAAUGUGAGAAAUACUGGCCAGAUAUAUCAAAUAAUUAUGGACCUUAUGAAGUAAAACUGAAAAAAUCAGAAGAAUUAAAAUGUGGUUUAAUAUCGAAUUAAUUUAUAAUAAAAUUCCAGUAAUAAGAAAAAUUAAUACACCAUUAUUAAUGGAAUGGAUGGCCUGAUCUUGGAGUGGUUAAUGAAGAUUCUUUUGUUCUCAUUGAUUUUUUGGCAAAUUAAGCUAAUAGUUCCAUCUUGACCAAUAAAAUGACUGUUGUCCAUUGCAGCGCUGGAAUCGGUAGGACUGGAACAUUUUUGUCUAUUUGUUAAAUUAAAUAAUUAUUAGAUUAAAAAGAAGCAAAGUUAUCAAUAUUUAGCAUUGUUAGAAGAUUACGAGAAUAAAGAGCGUAUAUGGUUUAGACUGCAGAAUAAUACUAAAUGGUUUAUCGUUUUUCAUUGUGGUUGAUAUAAAAUUUAAAAUAUAUUUGA